AAGAUACUAUAAAAUGACGAAACUACCCUUUUGAGCCCUAAAAUGUCAAAACCCUUAAAUCGCGAUUCACAACACUCCUCGAGUGUCAGUUCAUCAUCCUCUUCCCAAAUGCUGAUCACCAUAUGAACUCACACUCCUCUCUGUAAAACCCUUCAAAACCUAGAAUCUUAUCCACACAAAUGCCCUCCGUAGCCUCCAAGAUGCCCUCCAAAUCCCUACUGAGACUCGUCUUCCUCAACCGCACACCGCUCUCUCGCAGUCUCUGCACACCCACUGCAACCCCCGAGUCACAAACUCAGAAACUCGAGAGAAUCGCUGACGAGCUUCUCAGCCUCACCAAGAUCGAGAGAUUCGACUAUUCGAUCCUCUUCAGGCACAAAAUGGGUAUCAACAAGUACGGACCGGCCGUGUCGGGGCUUGAGUCGUCGGCGGCUUCGUCGGCUGGACCUGGGGCUGGCUCGGCAGACACCAAGGCCGCCGAGAAGACUGCGUUCGAUAUAAAGCUGGAGAAGUUUGACGCGGCGGCGAAGAUCAAGGUGAUUAAGGAAGUUAGGACUUUUACUGAAUUGGGUUUGAAGGAGGCCAAGGAUUUGGUGGAGAAGGCUCCGGUGGUGGUGAAGAAAGGGGUUACGAAGGAGGAGGGGAAUUCGAUCAUGGAGAAGCUCAAGUCAUUGGGAGCUACUGUGGUAUUGGAAUGAAUUUUAUUUUUAAAUUUUGCUCAUUUUUGUUUUUUCACUGUAGAAUAAUAUUAAUCUUCAAAUUAGAAUGGGGAAUGAAAAUUAUUUUUGGACA